GUCAUUCGCUAUUCGGUAUAAACAAGUGUAAGGGGCGGGCUAGGGUGUGCUGAGCGUUUUGCGUGUUAUUGUUGAGUGAAGUUUUGAAGAUGGUGCAGUUAUCGAAAGCUGGAGUGAACGAGAACUCUUCUCUGAAAGCUGGACACCCUCCGGCAGUAAAGGCUGGAGGAAAAAGAGUGGCUAAAAAAGGCAGUGAAGAAAAUGCUCUUCCUGAAAAAGAGACCAAGAAACCUACAGCAGAAAAGAGGUCCCUUGUGGUGCUUUCCAAAAUGCAGUCAAUCAGUAUUCUUCUAGCUGGUACUCUUGAUAAGUUAAGUCGUGAAUUUCCAGCCGCAGCAGCAAGUGUUGCAUGCAACAAGCCCAGACCUGCAGUUGAAAAGCAGCAAACACCGAAGAAACUGUACCUCAUUCAACAGCCCCGCAAGUGUUGAGUGAUAGGCCAGUUUGGGGGAUGGGGUACUGUUGAAUACUGACUGUAUAAUGGAGGGGUGCCUUAUUUUGGGAAGAGAAAGCAAUUGCUUUAAAUUGUUGCUUUUCUCCAUGACCCAUGUUUUCUGUUUAGAGGACAAUUUAUAUUUGUAUAUCAUAACUGCUAAUAAAUGAAAUGGCUAUAAA